UCGUGUGGUGAUAAAAUCUUUCAGUUUACACGAUAUGAAUUUGUUCGAUGCCUCCGGCUUUGGAUUUGAUUGGAAAAGUUCUGCUAAAAUACUGAAUUGAAUCUGAGAUUUUGAAAAUUUUACUUGUUUAGUAUUGAUUGAGGUUGAUAGAGGAUCAUGAAAUGAACUGCAGAUAAAAGAAAUAUGUGAUUGAGUCGUUUGAUGGGGAAUUCUCGGGAGUAUUUUGGUAAUUAGUAUUUAUAAGGUAAGUAGGAAUUUAAAUAUUUAGAGCGCUGAUUCGUUUGGGCCUGAAGUUCUAUAGGUUGAUGCGUGAUUGGGAUUUCAUGCCCCUGAUUUGCUUUGGUAGAGCUCACAUGAUAAAAGGAUAGGUUGUGCAUCUGCAAAACUUUCUUCAGAUCAUUGUUUGUUUGAUAUGUCAAUUUUUGUCAUGUUUUAGUCUCGAGGCUUCUUCUUUGGUGUAGGUUUCUUGUCCGAGUUUGUGCUGUUAUUAAGUUAAUCAGCUGAGACAUGGGUGGUGGCUCAGCUGGUUCAACCUGGAACAGGCUACUAGUUCGGACUGGAUUAGGCUAUAUAACAAAAUGUCUAGAGAACUUGUGAAAAACUUGGCAACCGGAUAGCUGGCCAGGGGGUUGUUUUCUUCAUUUGUUCGCCUUUUGAGAUGCUUCUCUUGUACUCAAUAUCCUCCUUGGACGGCUGACAAUGGGCGGACUCCCGAUUCAGAACUCUUCCUCUGUCAUCUCCCUUCAAUCACAGAAAGACCAAAGGUCCGAAACUGUAGCCUCUGGGCCCGACUCAAAGCCGAGGAAGAAGAUCUGUUGUGCUUGCCCCGAGACAAAGAAGCUGAGGGAUGAAUGUAUCGUGGAGCAUGGCGAAGCCGCUUGUGGAAAAUGGAUUGAGGCCCACCGGAAAUGCCUCCGUGCGGAAGGAUUCAACGUCUGAAAUAAUUUCACUGCGGAGUCCUGACUUUAGAUAAUCGAAACCUUGUGAUUACACAUGCUUUGAAUAACCGGCUCUAGAAGCUGCCUGAUUUUUCCAGGCUGAGUACAGUUCCGAAACUAUUCUUAUUGAGAACAAGAAACAACCGAGGAUGUUGUCGUUUGCAAUGAUCUAAAACCAGCAAAUCGAGUUGCUCUCUUAUUCAGAUGAUGGGAUCCAUACACUCUUUUGUACUUGAUCUUGCACUCGGUACUGUUGUUUGCAGGUAGCUGUUAUUUUCCUGCCA